AUGUCUGGCCCUACAAAGGAGGAAAUAUCCGCCCAAUCGUCGAAGCAGGCAGCUACCGAGCCCAAAGUCAGCCACAAACGAAAUCUGAGCAAUGGGACACCAGACAGCUCUCCAGCUCGACGAUCCAAACGCCAAAGAUCAAACAUCAAUUUAAAGGAGGCUUCUUCUUCUGAAGAGUCAGACAAAGAGUCUGAUCAGGACUUUGCGCCCCAAAAGAAGACACCCGCGAAGUCUACGCCGCCUAAGCCUCGGGUCAAGAAGACACCCUCUUCCGUCAAGAAGGAGACUGUUGAUGACACUGAUAUUGUCUCUACCAUCCAGACCAGUGAAAAAGUGACCGUGUCCAAGACCGAAGAGGACGGUGUCUCUGUCAAGGCUGAACCCAAGGCGGCUGCCACCACGCAAACGAAACCUGCUCCUGCUAGGCGGGGCAAGAAGACCAAAGAAGAGAAAGAAGCCGAAGCAAUGCCGCUGGCACCGCGGUCCAAGGGGUUGAAAAUGUUUGUCGGCGCUCACGUCAGUGCUGCCAAGGGCGUCUUCAACUCUAUACACAACAGCGAGCAUAUCGGAGGCAAUGCAAUUGCUCUGUUCCUCAAGUCCCAGAGAAAAUGGGAUAACCCAGCUCUGCAAGAUGACGUCCGCGAUCAAUUCCGCAAGCUGUGUGCUGAGAAGAACUACGACGCAUCCAAGCAUAUUCUCCCCCACGGCUCCUACCUCGUCAACCUAGCACAGAGUGACAAAGCCAAAGCCACACAAGCAUACAACUCAUUCGUCGACGACCUCCGCCGCUGUGAAGCUCUCGGUAUCACUCUCUAUAACUUCCACCCUGGAAGCUCAAACCAAACCCCCCUCCCAGAAGCACUCGCCCGCCUUGCUGAAACGCUCACAAAAGCCAUAAUCGAGACUUCAACCGUAGUCCCCGUCCUGGAAACAAUGUGCGGCCACGGCAACACAAUCGGCGGCUCCCUCUCUGAAUUCAGAGACCUGCUAGCCCUAAUCCCGAAAGAGCACCACUCCCGCAUCGGUAUCUGCAUCGAUACCUGCCACAGCUUCGCCGCUGGGUACGACCUGACCUCACCUGAAGGCUUCAAGGCGUUUAUGACUGAAUUCGACGAGCUCGUUGGAGUCAAGUUUCUCCGCGCUCUGCAUCUGAACGACUCCAAAGCUCCGCGCGGAAGUAAGCGAGACUUGCACGCGAAUAUUGGUACGGGAUUCCUUGGUCUGCGCGCGUUUCAUAAUGUUAUGAAUGAGCCGCGUUUCGAGGGAUUGCCCAUGGUUCUGGAAACGCCUAUUGAUCGGGUUGAAGAUGUUGACGAGGGGAGUGAUGGCGAGGGUAAGAAGAAGAAGAAAGGACCGAGGCGUCCUGCUGGGGCGUCGCCACCUACUGCUCCGGACCCGGGUGUGUGGGCUCGAGAGAUCAAGUUACUUGAGUCGCUUAUUGGGAUGGAUCCUGAGGGGGAGGAGUUCAAAGCUCUUGAGGCGAAGCUUUCGGAGGAGGGAAAGGAAGUACGUGAGAAGCAUAUGGAGCAGUACGAGCGGAAGUUGGAGACGGAGAAGAAGAAGGAGGCUAAGGGGAAGGGGAAGCAGAAGAGUCUUACUGAUAUGGUGAAAAAGGCUGAUAGGGACUGA